AUGAUGGCGUUGGCAGCCGAGAUCUACCCUCAGUUUAUUCUGCCCACCACUCUCUCCCGCCUAGCCACCGUCUUAAGGAAUUCUUGGAGAAUCAUGAGCAGAAGAAACGUACCACAGCUUGAUCUCAAGUUGAAUUUGUCACCACCAGCAAGAAGAAACCUCCAUGCCGAGUCCCAGAGUCCAUCGUCGUCAUCUCCGCCGAGUUCAUGCGUGUCAUCGGAAGUGAACCAGGACGAGUCCCGGCGGUACUCCACCAGCCCGGAGGCCGCAUCCAUGAUGCUUGUGGGGUGCCCCCGGUGUCUCAUGUAUGUCAUGCUUGCAGGAGAAGACCCAAGAUGCCCCAAAUGCAAAAGCACUGUUUUGCUUGAUGUCGUCCAUGACAAGAACACCACCACCAAGAAAACAAAGAAGGGCUAG